UUGUCACUUGGCUUCCGGCACUCAGUGCUCGUUGAGUUCUCGUCCAGAAUGGGACGAAUCGCGCCAAAAAUGCUUCCGCCCCUGGUGCUCGUGCUCGUGCUCCUCCUCCAGCUCCUGGCUCCCUCGCACUCCAUCGAAUGGACCCUGCCGGAUGUGAUUGAUUCCAUCGGGAAUGUGGGCACCAGCAUCGUGGAUCCCAGUCUGCUGCCCACGCCCCAAGGUCUCAUCGAUGGCAGCAAACAACUCAUCGCCGGCUAUCCCUUCGAGUUCGUCUCCACCUCCCUAAGUGUCAUCUGUUCCCAGGCGCUUGCUUCCAACAAAAUCAAGUCGAAAUUUACCCCGGACAUCAAAAUGAUGCACUUCCAGCUGCAAACGGCAUGCACAAAGACCAGUUUUCCGAUCACCAAUCCGGAGGACAUGUGGAAGAGCCCUCUGUUUGAUCCCAAGAAGAAGGUGGUCAUCCUGGCCACCGGAUGGACCACCACCGUCAAUGGAUCGGAUACCAUCGAUGUGUUCUCAAAGGCCUACAACUGUCGCGGCGAUGUCAACUUUGUGGCGGUGGAUGCAGCUCGAUUCGUGGACACCCUGUACACGUGGUCGGCCUUCAACACGGAGGAGAUUGGUGAGAACAUAGCCCUGGGGCUGGUGAAGCUGCUGGACUUGAUGCCGGUGGAGAACAUCCACCUGAUUGGCCACAGCCUGGGCGCCCACAUAGUGGGAUCUGCGGGACGGCACCUGCAUCGCCUCACUGGCCAGCUGGUGCCCCGGAUCACCGGACUGGAUCCGGCCAAGCCGUGCUUCAACGAGGGUGAAGUGCUCUCGGGUCUCAUGCGCGGAGAUGGCCGCUUCGUCGACGUGAUCCAUAGCAACUCCGGGGUGCUGGGCAAGCGGGAUCCGCUGGGCGAUGUGGACUUCUAUCCGGGCGGAAUGGGUUCCCUGCCCGCGGGCUGUUUCUCGGUGACCUGUGCCCACGCCCGAUCCUGGGAGUAUUACGCGGAGACCGUGUAUCCCGGGAAUGAGGGCAACUUCAUGGCCACGCGCUGCAGUUCGAUAGCCCGGCUCCGGGAAUUCCGCUGUCCCGGCGACGAGGUGCCCAUGGGCUACGCUGUGCCGCAGAAUAUCAAGGGCAACUACUUCUUGGAGGUCAGCGGCUCUCCGCCCUUCGGAAAGCACGCCUCCAGUGUGCGAUCCGUCCACUUGGAGCAGUGCGGCAAGUGCCCCGAUUCCUCAACGACCCCGGCGCCGAUUUCAACCACGGCGAAAUCGCGGUCCUGGUUCUGAGGCAUCCCAUCCUCCUGUUUUCUAUCCCAAGCUAGUAUUAGCCUUGUUUUUUUUUUUAAUUAGUAUUUUAUUUGUGGCCAAGACUAACCCCAUUGUGGUCGAUAUGCUAUUUCCUUCUACACGUUGACAAUUCAAAUAAAUUUAUGUUUAUUGUUGAAUGAAUGAGAAUCGCGAAGUUGGAAUCUCGCUUAAGUGAUACUGAUGGAUAUUGAUACGAUUGCGAGGCGUUAUAAAUAGCAAACAUGUGCCCAUUCAAAUAAAUACUAAUACAAAAUGUAUAUUAUUUAAAGCUUGUUACAUUGUUUUAUACUUUAUUUUACCUUGUUGUUUUAAAAUAUAUGAUUGCAUAGUGCGGAUUUACUGGA